AUGGUAGCAGGGCCAGAAAUCGCCAGACUUACAACAGAGUUUGAGGAACAGGCCAUGAAGCAACAUCAUGACACUAAAUGCAGUCAUCAUGACCAGCAACCUGGGGUGCAAGCAGCAUUCUUGAAAGAGCUUAAAGCACUUGUAACAGUGCUGGACGAGAUGGGAAAUCCGUUCUUAGAACACAGUGAAGACCUACUAGUCAUUGAUACACGGGACAUUGUAGACGCUGAAGUGGCAGAAACUGUGAGAAAGAUCGAGACCCUGGGUGAAGAGCAAUACAUCAAGUUUGUCACAGAGAGGCUAGAACAGUGUAAACACCUAUCACGGAAACACUUCCAAAGAACAAGCUGCCAUUGUUUAGUAGGCCGCCUGUCAAAGUUCAAUCAAAACAGAAAGCACAGCUGGCGGCACUGA